UGUAGUGUAGUGAACAGGGGCAGAAGGAGAAGAAGGUGGCUGUGAUGUUUGGAUGAUUAGAUUUGUAAAGUUUUACUCUGCACUUUGAGAAAAAAGCUCAAAGUUGCCAAAGUUUUUUGUUUGUUUUGUUUUUUAACCAGAAUGAGUCAUUUACUGCUCAGGGUCCUGCUGUCUGCAGCUUUUGCCUGCCAAACAGCCACACUUGGAUCAGGUUGUGAAGGAAUAGGAUGCGGGAGUUCUAAGGCAUCGGGAAAGCGGGAUCAACAUAGUGAACUGCUGAAUCAGUUUAAUGAAAUGAACGCACCUUCUGCAGCUGGCCAGCACCGGGGCUCUGGGGCCGUGUUACCUUUUAUUGGACUCACUGGAAGUGCUACACAGAGUCGUAACUGCUGCAAGAACGGGGGUACUUGCAUUCUGGGGAGUUUUUGCGCUUGUCCAAAGCACUUCACAGGACGCAGCUGCGAGUACGACGAACGCGUCAGGAACUGUGGAGUUAUACCUCAUGGAGAAUGGGUUCAAAAAGGCUGUUCAUACUGCAGAUGUGGAUACGGAGUGCUUCACUGCUUCCCUCAGGUCUUUCAUAGUGACUGUGACGAAACUCAGGAAGUACGCUGGGUUACUUCGAAUGCCCAGAGAACACUAUUGACCUGCGGCCUCCUGUGUCUUGUGCUGCUUCUUUCAUUUCUGCUUUGAAGACGACUCCAGGACUUUUGAUAUUCCGCAUAGUUUUGUCCGGGGGCUCGGAUGUUUUUCAGCAGAGAAAGAUGAGAACCGACCACAAGAGAAGGAAGAAGUUUAUAUAGAUUUGUAUAUAUCUCACUUUUUUUUGUUGUUGUUGUUGUUGAAUGCAGCAUUUAAUGGCAGCACUGAUUUUUUUUCUUCUUCUUCCAGUGGAAGCUUAAGCAUCUAGCUGUGUUCAAUGCAACUGUUUUUAAUGUGAAGGACCCUGUAUAAAGGAUUUAUAGAGAAACUAUAUUGUACUUGUAAAUUGUCAGUGUGGAUUUUACCCAUAGUAUAUGUUUAUGAUCUUUAUUUUUUAUUUUUUUUUCGAUCUAUGAUUUAAUGUUCAUGUAGUAUCCUGUCGGCGAAUACAUCCUCUAAAGAAUUCCUGUCUUUUCUAUAGAGUUUGUUUGGCACCGUUCUUGAUUGGGAGAGAGUGCGAUAACGUUAAAGAUAACCUCUGAUUGUUGACCUUUCCAUUACUUUUUCUCCUCUUAUCUUACACAAACAAUGGCUCAGGCCAAUCAGUCACAAUGGCCACUCUGACCUAGCGAGUUGUCCUGAUAGAUUAUAGAAGGGAUGUACUGUAUCUAAUACAGAUUAUUUACUGGUCUUAAUUUAAAACCACAAAUUUGCCCUAGGCAUGAACUUGUGCAAGAGCGGCAAAAAAAA